AUGGCACGUUCUCGAGCUGCGUCGGGUGCCGAGGCCCCAAAGGAGCCCCAUGGGGUCUCCCUGAAAGGUGGGCUCUCUCGACCUUCCCUCUCCUAUCAAUCCCCUCUGCCUGCAGCCAAUACCAAGAUCUCCCCGAAGGCCUCAUUAGGCUUCCCGUCUGCCGGUUCCGAUGACCAGUUUAUAAUUACACCCAACCUUGCUCUUCCCCCGGCAUUCGGUUCGGUCUACGUCGGAGAAACUUUUGCUUGCACCCUCAGCGCGAAUAAUGAAAUUAACGGCGAUGAAACCGGGCGGGUCGUGACAUCAGUGCGCAUUGUGGCUGAGAUGCAGACCCCAUCAUCCGUGGCGCCUCUAGAUCUUGAACCAUCGGACGAUUCGGCGCACUCUAAUGGUCUGCAAAUUGGCGAGUCAUUGCAGAAGAUCGUUCGAUAUGAUCUCAAAGAAGAAGGAAAUCAUAUUCUUGCCGUCAGUGUAAGCUAUUCAGAGACCAGGAUCGGUCAGGAUUCACAAGCAGCCAGUGGCAGAGUUCGGACUUUCCGCAAACUGUACCAAUUUGUUGCGCAGCCAUGCCUUAGCGUUCGGACCAAGGCAUCGGAAUUGCCGCCAUUGGAAGUGAACAACAAAUCGCUCGGCCCAUAUGGGAAAACACGUUUGGUCCGCUUCGCAUUAGAAGCGCAGCUGGAAAAUGUAGGGGAUGGAGCAGUCGUGGUCAAGCAAACACGAUUGAACCCCAAGCCACCGUUCAAAUCCCAAUCACUCAAUUGGGAUGCUUUGGACGAGUCGGCGUCGGUACCUCCGACGUUGAAUCCGCGCGACGUGUUGCAAAUUGCAUUCUUAGUGGAGCAGGAAGAGGGUUGCCAGGAAGGCCUCGAAGCGCUCCAGAAGGAUUUAAGGCGGGACGGGCGUGCCACUUUGGGCCAGUUGUCGAUCGAAUGGCGCGGCGCCAUGGGGGACAAGGGGUUCCUUACCACCGGCAACCUCAUGAGCCGGAAACGCACAUGA